AUGGCGACUGUACAAGCCACCCAAGUGGAUCAAGCUACAUACGAUUCAUACGAUAAAUUAUGGGUUCUUAGAGCCCUAUGGGAUCCGGCUGAAUAUCAAAGAAUUCCUCCGUCUGAGCCGACAGGGCUGACCUUGAUAACCUAUCACUGUAUUGAGAUACUGAAAGACACACUCGCCAACUAUACACUCUUGAACGAAUCUGAAAGAAUCAAUAUCGAUGCUAUUCUUCAUGCAUACAGGAGCGGUUCUCUAAUUCCUCAACCAGGCCUUGUAACGUAUUGGUACAACGGCAUACAAACAGAGAACCCGGGACCUCCUGGCAGCCAACGUACUGAGGUCAUAGAACGAUGGGAAAAAGAACACGGCAAGGGAUCUUUGUGGAUAGAGACUGUCCGGAGCUUGACUGAUGCAAAUCCUCAAAUGGCAGCAUUAUCUAUCUACCCCCGUCAGCCUCAGAACAACUUCAAUCCACUUACCGAUGAAAUAAUGGCUCAUCAUAAUAUUCACAUACUUGUUCGCAUUGUCGAUUUUCAGAAUGUCCAACUCAUUACGGUAUUGGAUGACACUGGGUCCAGUUAUCUAGAGUUAUUUAUGGAUGAUUGUCUUUCCCUUGGCCUGGAUCCAUCUAACAUACCUGCAUCUCUCAAUUGCGGCAUCGAACGACUUACAACAGCCAAUGGAAUCAUUCGGGUUCGAAAAAUCCUCGUUGAAGUGCAAUACAUUGCGUCCGACAAUUCAACCAUCGGUUUACCCAUCAUGAUCAAAGCGGUCAUAAGAGACGGAUAUAGUGAAAACCGACCUAGAUGCUCGGGACAGUCGCUUAGAAGGCACCUAUUUACGGCGACUGCACCAGGUGCCAUCGGUGCCGGAAACCUGCAUGUUGGAACCCGUAAAACCCCUGUCGUCACUAGUCUGCCGGCCAGUUGA